CAGCUGUCGGGGUGGACGGACGAGCUGCGGCAGGAGCUGCAGAGCGAUGAGGCGGCUGACUCGCUAGAGGCGGCGGAGCGGCUGCUCGAACAGUGCGGCCAGCAGCGCGACUCGUCGCUCGACGCCUGCGUCAGCACCAUCGCCGAGGGGGAGACCCUGCUGCAGGAGCUGCGGGGCGCCGGCGUGACCUCGGAGAUGGACUCGACGGGGUCCGUUGCGGCCGUGGAAGCCGCGCUGGAACGCCUCAACAAGCAGCGCGACGAGCUGGAGGAGCUGUGGGCGACACGCAAGCUCAAGCUCGACCUGUGCCUGCGGCUGCGGCUGUUCGAGCGCGACGCUCUCGAAGUGUCGUCGCAGCUCGAGCUGUGGGCCGAAGAGCUGCAGCGCUCCGAGCUGAGCCGCGACGCCGCGCAGGCCGAACAGCUGCUGCGCAUGCACAACGACAGCGUGUCGCACAUGCAGAACACCACGUUCCAGGUGCUGCAGCAAGGCCAGGAGCUGGCGCAGGCAUUUGAAACCUCGGGUAUGUCACUAAUGGCAGAUAGUCAAUAUUCAGCACAGACACGAGUCCAAGUCCUGCUAGAAUUUCUACAUGAAAGAGAAAUGGACCUUGAAGAUCUGGCAGAGAUGAAACGAGUCAAAUUAGAACAGUGUGUGCAACUCUGCCAAUUUCAAAAUGAUGCCAAUCAGGUAAUUAGUUGGAUAAGAAACGGAGAAGCAAUGUUGAUGGCGAGUUUUGCCAUUCCAAGUUGUUUGCAAGAUGCGGAGCAAUUGAAGAAAGAACAUGAACAAUUCCAAGUGGCCAUUGAGAAAACUCAUACUUCAGCUGUACAAGUAAAGCAUCGAGCAGAUGCUUUGAUAAGUGCCAAUCAUUAUGAUCCCCAGAGUAUUAGAGAGAUUGCAGAAGAAGUUACCAAACGAUGGCAGCAACUUGUCACUUGUGCGGAAGAGAGGCAUAAGCUCGUGACAGCAAGUCUCAACUUUUAUAAAACUGCUGAACAAGUGUGCUCGGUGUUGGAUAGUUUGGAGCGAGAGUACAAGCGAGAUGAAGAUUGGUGUGGCAGCUCCACAAAAGAAAUGAGCACAGGUCCUUCAAAUACUGACAAAGCUACUCAUGUGUCACAACUGAUAAAUAAACAUCAAGAGCAGAAAGAGGCAUUUUUGAAAGCUUGCACAUUGGCCCGACGUACUGCAGAAACAUUUUUGAAAUACACUAGUCGAAGUUUGCAGUAUUACAAUUACCAAGGCGAAGCAGGCACUCGGAACUCAGAAAACAGAGUCAAAAACAUUCUGGAGAAAUUGUUGAGUCAAGAAAAUAAGGUUCUUGAACACUGGACGCAGCGGAAGAAACGUUUAGACCAGUGUCAACAGUUUGUCCUUUUUGAACGUUCUGCAAAACAAGCAAUUGAAUGGAUUCAUGACACUGGAGAGAUCUAUCUGUCAACUCACACAAAUGUUGGCCAGAACAAAGAAGAGACUGAAACGUUACUCUCAGAACAUAAUGAAUUCAAAGGCACAGCAAAGGAAACACGUGAACGUGUCAAAUUGCUGAUCCAAUUGGCUGACAGUUUAGUUGAAAAAGGCCAUGCACAUGCUGGAGCAAUCAAACAAUGGGUUGCAGCAGUUGACAACCGAUACAAGGAUUUCAGCUCAAGAAUGGAUAAAUAUCGAUCUCAGCUUGAGGGCACUCUGGGAAUUCAAGUAGAGGGAGAAAGUCGACAAGAUCUCUCUAUUGACCGAAAUUCAGAUCCUCUGUUGGAAUCCAAAAUCAAAGAAGCUGCAAAUAAGGAAUUGAAAGAAUUGAAUGAAGAGAAGAGAAAAUCUGCAAGAAGAAAAGAAUUCAUCAUGGCAGAACUUCUGCAGACAGAGCGAACCUAUGUAAAGGACUUAGAAACCUGCAUUAAAUUCUUUUUGGAAGAGAUGCAAGCCAGUACAAAUGCACCACCUGCCAUACAAAACAAGGAAGAUAUUAUCUUUGGCAAUAUGCAAGAAAUAUAUGAAUUUCACAAUAACGUUUUCCUAAAAGAACUGGAAAAAUAUGAAACAAUGCCAGAGGAUGUUGGCCAUUGUUUUGUUACUUGGGCCCAAAAAUUUGACAUGUAUGUUAAAUAUUGCAAAAACAAACCGGAAUCAAAUUCUAUGCUGGUCCAACAUGGAGGAAGUUUCUUUGAGGAACUCCAGAAAAAACAUAAAGUAGAACAUCCUAUAGCUGCAUAUCUCAUCAAACCUGUACAAAGAAUAACAAAAUACCAGCUUCUUCUAAAAGAUUUGCAAUCUUGUUGUGAGGAGGGUCAAGGAGAAAUAAAGGAUGGAUUAGAAGUAAUGCUUAAUGUGCCAAAGAAAGCUAAUGAUGCUAUGCACCUCUCUCUCCUAGAGGGUUGUGAUGUCAGUCUUGAUAAAUUAGGAGAAGUGAUUCUGCAAGACACUUUCCAUGUGUGGGACCCCAAGCAAAUUAUUCGCAAAGGACGGGAACGCCAUAUAUUCCUUUUUGAACUCUACCUCCUUUUCAGUAAGGAAGUGAAGGAUUCCAGUGGCAAAGCAAAGUAUUUGUACAAGAAUAAGCUAAUGACUUCUGAACUUGGAGUCACAGAGCAUAUUGAGGGUGAUGAAUGCAAGUUUGCUGUGUGGACAGGCAGGGCACCGAUCUCUGAUUAUCGAAUUGUUCUGAAGGCAUCAUCUCUGGAUGGUAAACAAACAUGGGUAAAGAAACUGAGAGAGGUUAUCCAGGAGACUUAUUUCAGCACUGCGCUACCUCUCAGUAUGCCUAAGAGUCCUGCCAAACUGAAGGCUGGCAGUCAGCGAUCAAGCAGGGACCUGGAAGAUUCCGCCUCGUUGGACGAGAGCGUAGAAAACCUGGACCGAGGCUCGCUGGCGUCCUUCGGCUCCGGGAACACCACCGACUCCGACAAGGCCCCGGGCGUGGAGAUGACGUGGGUGAUCGCCGACCACGUGGCGGCGGCCGGCAGCCAGGAGCUGAGCGUGCACAAGGGCCAGCAGGUGGAGGUGGUGGAAGUGGCGGCGUCGGCGCCCGACUGGUGCCUGGUGCGCGUGCCCACCAGCGGCUCGGUGGACUCGCCGCCCGAGGGGCUGGUGCCGCUGGCGGUGCUCAAGCAGCCUCCCCCGGGCCUCAAGACGUCUCCGUCGCGCCGCCCCGCCGCCGCCGCCGCCGCGGCGUCCGCCUCCGUGGACCACGACCUCGCUCUUCAUCACAAUUGCCAAAUGUAG